GGUCCCGCCCUUCCGCCCGGCCUUCGCCUGCUGCUUCCACCUUCCGCCCGGCGCCGGCUUUCGGUGCGAGCGUCGCCGCUUCCCAUCGCUGCGCUGCCUCUGCGGCGCCCGAGUCCGCGAUGUCGGGCCCGAACGGGGACUUGGGCAUGCCGGUGGAGGCGGCCACGGAAGGGGAGGACGGCGGCUUCGAGGAAGCAGAGUACGCCGCCAUCAACUCCAUGUUGGACCAGAUCAACUCCUGCCUGGACCACCUGGAGGAGAAGAACGACCACCUCCACGCCCGUCUCCAGGAGCUGCUGGAGUCCAACCGGCAGACGCGCCUGGAGUUCCAGCAGCAGCUCGGGGAGGCCGCCGGUGAUGCCAGCUCCUAGGCUCCGGGAGCCCUCGGGGCAGGCCCCAACCCUGUAUCCCUGGGCCAGGCUCUGCCUGGACAUGCACCUUCUGGCCUCAACACCCCCUUGAGGGUUGGCCUUCGGUCCCCUCGUGGGUCUGCCUGCCUGUGCAAGCCCCCACUGCCCAGCGUCCCUGCUGGGGCCAGGUGUGGGCUGGUCUCCCACCCACCAGUCUGCCCACCUCCCGGGCAUGCCCCACUCUGUCCAGGAUCAAGCAUCCACAUUAAACGGGUCUCCCACACCACG